AUGGGCGCGGCGCUGCUGCAGCGCGGGGGCUGCGCGCUGCUGUGCCUGGCGCUGCUGCUGCUGGGCUGCUGGGCCGAGCUGGGCAGCGGGCUGGAGUUCCCGGGCGCCGAGGGCCAGUGGACGCGCUUCCCCAAGUGGAACGCGUGCUGCGAGAGCGAGCUGAGCUUCGAGCUGAAGACGCGCGCGGCGCGCGGCCUGGUGCUCUACUUCGACGACGAGGGCUUCUGCGACUUCCUGGAGCUCGUGCUCACGCGCGGCGGCCGCCUGCAGCUCAGCUUCUCCAUCUUCUGCGCCGAGCCCGCCACGCUGCUGGCCGACACGCCGCUCAACGACGGCGCGUGGCACCGCGUGCGCCUGCGCCGCCAGUUCCGCAACACCACGCUGCUGGUGGACCGCGCCGAGGCGCGCUGGGUGGAGGUGCAGUCGCGGCGCCGCGACAUGACGGUCUUCAGCGGGCUCUUCGUGGGCGGGCUGCCGCCGGAGCUGCGCGCCUCGGCGCUCAAGGCCAGGCCUCCCGCGACCACUCUUGUCCCCUCGACCCAGCAGCUGCGCUCCGAGGCGCCGCCGCCCCCGGGAAGUGACGCUCCGGGAGGGUCCCGCUGGGAAAGCCCCGGGCGGGCUGUGGGAGCCGCAGGAAAGACAGCCGCAGGCACGCUGCCCUUCUCCCUGGAGCGCGGGGACCUGCUCGUGCUCGUGGGAAGGAAGGGCGGCGAUGGAAGGUUUUAUUCAGGAGCAGGAGGGAUUUUUGGAACUAAUACUGGUUUCCAUGGUUAUAUGUAA